AUGACAAUGGGGGACGAUGAGUACACAGUAGAUGAUGCUCUUGUGUCAUUGGGUUUUGGAAAAUUUCAAAUACUUGUUCUUGUUUAUGCUGGCAUUGGUUGGAUUUCUGAAGCUAUGGAAAUGAUGCUACUCUCUUUCGUGGGCCCCGCUGUUCGAUCUGCUUGGAAUCUUUCUUCUCAUGAAGAGAGUUUUAUUACCAGUGUUGUUUUUGCUGGUAUGUUAAUUGGUGCUUACUCCUGGGGCAUUGUUUCUGAUCAACAUGGAAGGAGGAAAGGGUUUCUUAUCACUGCUAUUCUUACUUCUACCUCCGGUUUUCUCAGUGCUUUUUCUCCUAACUAUUUCUCGUUGCUCCUCUUCCGUUCCCUUGUCGGUCUUGGUUUGGGAGGUGGCCCUGUUUUAUCCUCCUGGUUUCUAGAGUUUGUUCCACCAACUAAUAGAGGUACCUGGAUGGUUAUCUUUUCAGCAUUUUGGACUCUUGGUACCAUUUUUGAGGCAUCUCUUGCAUGGAUCGUGAUGCCAACACUCGGUUGGAGAUGGCUUCUUGCACUAUCUUCCCUUCCCACUUCUUUCCUUCUUUUGUUCUACAAAAUCACACCAGAGUCACCCAGAUACCUAUGCUUGAAAGGUAGGACGGCGGAAGCAGUUCAUGUUUUAGAGACAAUAGCAACACUAAAUGGCACAAAACUUCCAUCCGGUCAACCCUUCUAUUAUGGGCAGUGUUUUUCGACAGACAAGUCCCAGGAUAUAAGUUACAAAGGUGUUUUUAUUGCUAGUUUUGCAGAGCUACCUGGGCUCCUCUUGUCAGCCGUAGCAGUGGAUAAACUCGGUCGUAAGCUAUCAAUGUCAAUCAUGUUCUUCAUGUGUUGUAUUUUCCUUCUUCCAUUAACCUUCUAUCUGCCUCAAGACCUCACAACGGGUCUUUUAUUUGGAGCUCGCAUAUGUAUCACAGUAACCUUCACAGUUGUGUAUAUUUAUGCCCCAGAGAUAUAUCCUACAUCGGUGAGAACAACUGGCGUGGGAGUGGCAAGCUCAGUGGGUAGAAUUGGUGGAAUGUUAUGUCCAUUGGUAGCAGUGGGUUUAGUACAUGGAUGUCAUCAAACUAUAGCUGUCCUUCUGUUUGAAAUUGUAGCUCUUGUUUCAGGAAUAUGUGUUAUGUUCUUUCCGUUUGAGACAAUGGGCCAAGAACUGCAAGAUACUGUGUCAAGUGUAAAACACACCGAUAACGCGCAAACAUGA